CGCGACAGGUGACCGAAGAUGGGAGCUUACAAGUACAUCCAGGAGUUAUGGAGGAAGAAGCAGUCCGAUGUGAUGCGCUUCCUUCUGCGGGUGCGCUGCUGGCAGUACCGCCAGUUGUCGGCCCUCCAUAGGGCGCCCAGGCCCACCAGACCCGAUAAAGCGCGCAGGUUGGGAUAUAAGGCCAAGCAAGGCUAUGUUAUCUACCGAAUUCGUGUGCGCCGCGGUGGUCGAAAGCGUCCAGUCCCCAAGGGAGCGACCUACGGGAAGCCUGUUCAUCAUGGUGUCAACCAGCUGAAGUUUGCCAGAAGUCUUCAGUCUGUGGCUGAAGAGCGUGCUGGACGUCACUGUGGAGCCUUGAGAGUUUUGAACUCCUACUGGGUGGGUGAAGAUUCAACAUACAAGUUUUUUGAAGUUAUCCUCAUCGAUCCAUUCCACAAAGCCAUCAGGCGCAACCCUGAUACCCAAUGGAUCACCAAGCCAGUGCACAAACACAGGGAGAUGCGUGGGCUGACGUCUGCUGGCAGGAAGAGUCGCGGCCUUGGAAAGGGCCACAAGUUCCAUCACACGAUUGGUGGUUCCCGCCGUGCAGCCUGGAGAAGACGCAAUACUCUGCAACUGCACCGCUACCGUUAAUACGCAUAGCAUCUGUACAGUUUUGUCACCGAAUAAACCAGAUGUAGGGCAGUCUCACUGUUAA